UGGAAGGGGCAUUUUAACCUGCUGAAUUGUGUUUCAUGUAGGAAUAGUGUCUUCUCAUUGGUAUUAGGGGGAAGGAUAAUCUCCGUUUUUUAUGUCAGUAGGAAGAGUAGUGCCCCAUCAUUGGUAUUAACAGGAGGAGGAAUAGUGCCCCAUCAUUGGUGUCCAUGGAAGGAAUAGUGCCCCAUCAUUGGUGUCAGUGGGAGGAAUAGUGCCCCAUCUAUGGUGUCAGUGGGAUGAAUAGUACCCCAUCACUGGUGUCAGUGGGAGGAAUAGUGUUUCAUCAUUGAUGUCCAUGGGAGGAAUAGUGCCCCAUCAUUGGUGUCAGUGGGAGGAAUAGUGCCCCAUCUAUGGUGUCAGUGGGAGGAAUAG